GGGAAGGAAGACAAAGGAGGCUUGGUGCUCCUGGCAGAAGGGGGGCCCCCGAAGCGGUUUCCCUUCGCUCCCGAUGGCUGCGGCACAGCGAGCGAGCGACGUCUGCCGCAAACUAUUCCUCUUGGUUCUGUUGCAGGCAGUGCCCUCCUUUGCUCAGACUCACUGCACCGGCCACAAAGAGUGUCCUCCACAGGGACCCAGCUGGACCGGCUUGUGGUAUGUCUGGCUCAUCCUGCUCACGGUGUUUCUGCUGCUGAUGUGCGGCAUCGGGGCCAGCUGUGUCAAGUUCUGCUGCCGCAAGAAGAGGCCUCCGAUCCAGACCUUCCCGCCACAUGCCCACGACCUUACCGUCAUCCCCAUGGACCACGACAGCACUGCUCACAGCACCGUCACUUCGUACAGCUCUCUGCAAUAUCCCCAGAGCUUCCCGCUUUCUUUGCCGUUCCGAGAGGCGGACAGGAAUAUGGCGAGCCCUCCGGCGUACAGCCUCUACGCCAUCGAAAUGCCGCCGUCCUACGACGAGGCUGUGAGGAUGGCCAAGCCCUGCGUUGAAACUCCAUUUGUAGGCCAAAAGCUGGCCGACGCCAGCUCUGAACCGGCAGCUCCGGAGGAGCCGAAUCCGUCUCCAACGUUGCCCGAGGCGACCCCCGAAGUGGUACCCGAAGACUCAGGGGUUCCGGAAGGUUCCGCAUAAGGGCAGAGUAGAGAACGCCGAAUGGACUACCGCAAGCAAAUGAAGUUUGACUGCUAUGUACUUGGUUAGCCUGAACACACACACACACACACACACAUUCAGAGAGAGAGAGAGAGAGAGAGACCCAGUUGUCUGCCCCAUAGCGACGAACGAACCGUUGUAUGGAAAGAAUGCCUCCCGUAGUUUGCGAUAACUUUCCGUUGUUGCGUCAAGGGUACCGAAUGAACCGGCAGGUUAAAGAUAAUACUCUCGGUGGGGGAGAGAUGGUUAGGGUCAAUCCCCGCAUGACGCAAUGUGAAAAACGUUGCUCUGGUGGCAGGGGAAGCCACGAAGAGUCGCUUUAUGAGGUGCGGCGGCUGAGGGGACAGAAAACGGCCGACGAUUGGACCUGAGCAGCCGCUGGAAGGAGCUGCUCCGCUCGCAGCGAGGUGGAAAAACGGGGCCGAGUACGAAUUCACGUCUCCUUCUUCUGAGAAGAUUGAACUAUCCAGCAAAUUGCUGACGUACUGGAUUCGUUGCUAUGUAACGGCAAAUGGCCUUUGACCCAAAGGUCAUUUUUAAUGCUCUCUGUCAGGUCUAUAGAUAGCAUGGAGUUUGGCAGUGGGGAGGGGGUAGAAUUGAUAUUAUUGUGCUAGUUGCAAGGGUCAAAUCCAUGUGUAACCCCCCCCAAGCCUUUCCAAAUCCCCCUCAAGAAGAAAUUGCUGUGCCCAGUUUAAAAUGUAAAUAUGUGUUGGAAUACUCCUGUGUCUGCUGUGAUUUUGGGAGAAUGCCACGAACUGCUGCCAGGUAG